UCAAUUCUUAACAUUUUUUUUAUAAUGUGACAAAGUAUUUUAAUGUCAUAAGGAUAUUUUACUAUUUUCUUUAAAAAAAAAAAUGGGCAAAGAUGAAACACAGAAGAAGGGAAAACAGCAAAAAGAACGAAAACCGGUAGACAUUGGCCAAAAUGAGGAAGACACGGCCACACCUUUGGACUUUUCGUUUAAAAAAAUUACAAAAUUAGACAUAAGUCAGGUCCAGGGAGCGAGGUCAUCCAGGAUCGGCUCCAUCCCUGAAAAAGGAAGCGUUAAUAAGCGAUUCCUUACCCGAUCAAUUUGGCUGAAUAACAAUAAACUAACGAAUAUAAAAAACAUGGACACUUUAGUCCAGGAACUUUUGGAACAACCUGAAAAAUUAGGAUGGAUCGACUUUUCGUUCAAUUACAUCACAAAUAUAGACGAUAGUAUUUUAAAAUUCACAAAUUUGAAAAUUGUUUAUUUUCAUGGUAACAAAAUCACCGACAUAAACGAAGUCUGCAAGUUGCGGAAUUUGAAGGAAUUAAGAAGUGUGACAUUUCACGGGAACCCUAUCGCAGAUUUCAGAGCGUACAGAAACUUUCUGAUCACAUUUUUGCCCCAGAUAGUAAAUUUGGAUUUCACCCCUAUCACAAAGACAGAAAGGUUACAACCGAAACCACCGGAGGCUCUGAGGAUUAUAGAAGCGUACGAAAGCCAAACACAACCGAAUGUUAACAACACCUAAUCACACACGUAUUAACUGUGCAAUUGAAAAAUUUGGUGUUAUUGUAUUUUUAUACAUAUGUAUUAUACUUAUUAUAUGUAGUGGCUAUUUUCUAGUUUACAAAA